AUGUAUCCUGAUGUAUUUGCUGGAGGAUAUGGUCCUGGAUAUGGACCAGAAGCUUUCAUGGCGUGGGCUAGCAGCCUAGAGAGUUUCAUUAUGCAGAAUCAAGUAUCCUCAUUGGAAAGCCUAUCCCUUGCUGUUAGUUUGCUGAGAGGUGAGGCUAAAGCAUGGUGGAGGGUAGAGAAAGAAGCUCGUUGGUAUGAUGAGGAACCAAUCUACACUUGGAGUGAGCUUAAAAUAGUCAUGAGUUUUAAGUAUUUGCCUGGUUUCCAAUGGGAGGAGAAAGAACCAGAUUUUGAUUUUUUCUUGGAAGAGAUUGAACAACCAGAUUCACUACCAGAGGAUUCAGUGUCCAAGAUGGCAGUUGAACAGGAAGGAGAAACACAAGAGCUGUGUUUAUAUGUGCCUGAUCAAACAAAGAAAAAAGAGGAAGUGCUUGGAGAGUCAUCUACAGCUUCUGAAUCAGUCCUUGUCUUGGUUAAUCAAGGUGUUAAGUUCAGUGUGAUGGAUCAUCUGAGAGCUAUAAAAGGCUGGCAGCAAGUUGUUUUUGAACCAGGAGGAAGCUUGAGUGCUAGUAGACGAAGCAACAACAAGCUGGCUCAGAAAACAGUUUCAUAUAAGCUUGAUCUGCAAGGUUUCUUCACUCCUGAAAAACAAGAUUUGAGGUCAAAUCUUUUUGAAGGGAGAGAGGAUGGUGUGAUCCUGAGUAGCUGCUAUGAAAAGGGAAGAGAGUCAGGAGGUAACACGUUCUUGAUCAGACCCCUAACUGAUCAGAACAAGCUGAGAUCCAUAAAACAAAAACUUGUUGUGGUUAAAGAGAUACCAAAGCUUGAGAAUGAAUAUGAGGAUCAUUACACACGACCACCAGACCCUAUGCAACAUGAGAAUCAAGUUAUAAUGAGCAUUGGCCAAGGUGUAUUGAGAGAGAUCAGAGGUAUUCUCCUAGGCAGCCAGAAGGAGCUAGUUCAUCCACCAGUGUGA